AUGUGUAAUGUUGAAGGACUUCCGCUCCGGCAGGGGAAGCCGCGGCCACUGCCAUCAACCGACCCCUUGCCCAUAUAUCUCGACUACAAUGCCACCACACCGUUGUGUGACGAGGCGUGGGAAGCGAUGGUAAGCGUGCGUAGUUCGUGGGGUAACCCGAGUUCAUCCCACCCGUAUGGUUUGGCGGCAAAGUUUGCCCUGGAGGAGGCACGGCGAAAGAUCUCGGAUGCCAUACAUGCCGAGACGCCUGAGUCCAUUGUUUUUACGUCAGGGGGAACAGAAGCAAACAAUCUUGCCAUUAUUGGCGGGACGUCGGCUGUCCACGAACGAGACCCAACCCGCUUUCGUGUCAUUGCAACUACCGUGGAGCACCCUGCUGUGGAGGAGGUGGUAAAAUUCUUGCAACUUUCAAAUCCGCUUCAAAAAGAGGAAAGUGGACUGGUGACACAUCGGUUCCCUGUGGAUGUGACUACCGGGUGUGUCAAUCCCGAUCAGUGGCGUCAACUACUUCUUCAGUUACCGGGGGGUCCUAGAAGUGUAGCACUCGUUUCCGUGAUGCAUGCAAACAACGAAAUUGGUUCAGUCAAUCCCAUCCGUGAGCUCGUGCAGCUGGUAAAAGAGUUGUGUGGUGCGGAAGUUCUUUUUCACACAGAUGCAGCACAGUCCAUCGGAAAGGUGCCGGUAGACGUAAGUUCACUGCGGGUGGAUUUUUUGUCCAUUUGUUCCCACAAGUUUUAUGGCCCCAAGGGAGUGGGUGCUCUGUAUGUAAGGGAAGGAGUUCCUUUGCAGAAUAUUCUUUUUGGUGCGGGUCAUGAACGUGGUAUUCGGCCAGGCACAGAAAAUGUGAUGCAGGUCACUGGGAUGGCAGUGGCACUUCACAUUGCAUGCAACAAUUUAUCUGAAAAUGCAAACAGAAUGCAAGCAACACGCGAUGAGUUACUACGUGUCAUUGAAGAGGAGUUGGUGAAAGUUGGAAUGAGAUACGUGGCGAACAGUGAUAUCCGGUAUAGUCUACCGAAUACACUUAAUAUCGCCCUGUACAAGGAGGAUCGUGCUGGGCAUCCCCGAUACAUAUCGGCUCAGAGACUAAUUUAUUCGGUAGGUAACCAAGUCUGUAUGUCGGCCGGAUCCGCAUGCCAUUCUUCAGCUCAAGAAGUUGAGGUCUCUACCCCUCUGAAAAGUGUCGGUGUGGAUCUGCCACGUGCCAUUGGAACGCUCCGCCUUUCGACAGGGCGAGGAACAAGCGUUGAGGAAGUUCGACGAGCAGCACGCAUAAUUGUGAGGCACGCUGCACAACAAUUUGGCGAUGUCUAA